GCCGCCGCCGCCCGCGUCGCGGCCAUGGAGGCCGGGAGCCCGGAGGCUGGGGACUCGGAGGGCCCGGAGCGGGAAGUGCUGCUGCGGAGGCUCAGUGACAGCCGCCGCCGCUUCCAGAGGCGCAUGCAGCAGCUGAUAGAGAAGUACAGCCAGCCCUUCGAGGACGACCCCCUGGUGCAGAUGGCCACCCUGACCUACGAGACCCCCCAGGGAUUGAGAAUUUGGGGAGGAAAGCUAAUAAAGGAGAAGAAGAAAAAAACAAUCCAGGACUCCGCUAGGAAGGUGGUUGGCCAGAUGGAGGGCCGUGUGCCAGCCGGGCCGGGAGACAGCAAGCAUGCCCCUUGUCGCCCGCAAGUCCCGAGGACAGGUGAGCGCCUGCUUGUUAUUGGGAGGAGGCCCGCCACACUGCCUAGGACCGACCCUGUCUCUUCUCCGUGCCCUUGGGCCUCCGCCCUGCCCGGGCUGCCCCAUGAGUGUGGAGGCCAGCUGGAACUUCACCCUACGAAUCCCCCUGCUGGGUCUCCCCAGUUCCCUCGCAACCAGGCUCCAGGUCCCGUUAGCUCCUGCUCUGGCCGGUGCUCUGGGUUACCGGCCGUCAUGACCAACGACGGCCCCGCUUCCGCGGGGAACAUUCCACGAGCGACAGGCGUUUUCACCAUGGAACACGCGCGAGCUGGAGGUUCUGAAGGCAGCGACGAGGCUUCCGCCUCUGAGCCGGAGGAUCCCUUCGCUGGCGCCUUAGUGCCUGCAGUGCCCGCGAGCCCCCCAAAAGAUGAGCUGAGGAGGAAGUACCUGACGCAGGCGGACCUGCUGCUGCGCGGCCCGGAGCGGGCACAGGGUGCGGAUAGUGGGAAGGACGCACUGGCCACCCUGCUCCCCUCCUUGGCCCUGCCUGCCGCGCCUGCCCUUGAGCUUCUCCAGAGAGGACCUGCAUGGAGCCCCGGUGACCCUGCGCAGCCAGCAUCUUCCCCCGGGAGCCACAGCGUCUCGCUCCUGGGAGCAAGCAGCCAGUCCCUUGAGGCCGAUGACAUUUGCAACGUGACCAUCAGCGACUUGUACGCGGGCAUGCUGCACUCCAUGAGCCGGCUGCUGAGCACCAGGCCGGGGAGCCUCCUCUCCACCAAGACCUCCAUCGUGCAGACCUGGAAGAGGUUCCCCCACCGGAGCAGGGUGCCCGCAAGGGAGACGGGCUGCCGCGGCCACAGACACUUCCGGAGAAGCCCCAAGGAGAGGGCCGCACCCAGCUCGGAGCCCCGGAAAGACCCCGGGGUGCGGAGAGACUGCAAGACCUUAGCACACGGUGCUGGCCAUAAGACAGGCUCAAAGCUGAAGAGCGCUUUUCUUGAGGGAAACAAACAUCAGGUCUGCCGAUUGGAUCCAACACGGAAGGCGCUUCAGGGGCCUUCCCUGAUGUGGGUAGACUUGAGCCCCAUGCGCCGGAGGCUCGGGGAUCGGGAGGACAGACUGCGGGCGCUGAUGUGGCUGAUUUCACCUGUGAGGAUGGCGUCCAGGCCCAGGCUGCUGCGGGGUCCUCAAGAGAAUCGCUGUAGAGAGAUCGAAAUCCAGUUCAACAGGCUUCAUAGCGAGUGCCUCCCCCGUCCCAGGAAGCAGCUUUCCUUGCCCGGCCCCCCGGGCUCCUGGGCUGUGGAGCUGUACAGAGGGGGACGUGAGAGCCCCCGGGCCUCCGAACCCCACGGGCCGAGUGUACAGUCCCGCCGGUCCUCUGCGGAGGUGGACGGAGCUGCUGCCGCAGACGGCCGCCCCGGCAGCGACGUCUCUCCGUGGCCGGAGGGCCGCCCCCGCCACAGCCCUGCCCCCCGCGGGCACACCGCUGAGCUCUGGCCCGGAGCCCGCUGGCGAAUGCUGGGCAAGGCGGGGUCGCCCGCCCCGGCCGGUUCACCGCCACCGCGGGGGCUGCUCGGGGGCAGAAGGCGUCGCUACAGUGAGAUCAAAGAGGAGUUCGACAAGCUCCAUCAGAAGUGCUGCCAGGCCUCGCCUCCGCAGGCCAAGGGGCCCCCUGGCGCCGGGGGGCCUCUGGGUGACGCCGGCGCGGAGGGUCAGCGCCCCACGGGAGACUUGGGGACAUCACGUGUGGACUCUGGCUUCCUGAGUUUCCAGAAGUUGAAAGCGUCGCCCCCGUGGGGCCCAGCAGCGCCUGCAGCGCCUGUGUCUGCGUCCACGGCCUGGGUCGGCACAGAACUCGUGCCGCUCCCUACAAAGAGACGCAGGCUGUCCUACUCCCAGGCCGAGCCUCGGGACUCCCCAGCAAAGCGGGCUGAGCCCCCGUGGUGCCCCUGGGAGAAGAAGAGCACAUCUCUCCAGAUGGAAGAGAAAAGUGGUUUUUAUUAGGAAAAAAAAUCAAAGCUAGAAGCAAGUCCAUACCCAGUGAUUUCAGAGCGUUGGCCCUCUUGCUCUGGUUUCGUUGACUUACCUGUCCUGGAGCAAAUCCAGGGAAAUUGGCAUCAUCACAGUUUUCUGGUUUAAAAAUGAGGGGAAUAAAGUUGCUCGAUUCACAUUUUUAAUGU